GCUAGGUAACUAAGCUCGCGCCGUGUCGCCUGUACUGUUUGACCCAGCUUGAUCUUCAAAUUCUUGGAAAGAAAAGGGGAGGACAUUGAUCCAUUACAUACUCAGUGUGGAUUUAAAUAAUUGCAUUGUUUCUUUAUCGUCGGGGUUAGGAACCAAACAAGUUUCAAUUUCAAUUUGAAGUUGAAAGUACUUAUUUGGUUAACGUCCGCUCUGAUUUGCCAGCUACACUGCAUUGAUAUGUGUGCUCUUUUAUUCCAAACCACAACGCGUGCUAUCUCUACGUGGACUUGCAAGCACCUGUGAUAUACACAACCCACAAACAAMGUAAAUCAAUGAAGACCAAGUAUAUUUUCGUUUUGCUGUUUUCCAUAUUUGCUUCACCAUGUCAGAUGAAAGAAGGCUAUCCCAUUAAGCUGAUCAGAUCGACUCUUAAAUACGCUGGCCAAGUUCAGAUCAAACUUAAUGGAAGUCAGUGGUCGAUUUGUGAAGUCGGCUGGGACAAAAAGGAUGCUCAAGUUGUUUGUCGACAGCUGGGCUUCCUAGCAGCUGAAGCAGCCAUCUUGGGAGAGGCAUUUGGACAUGCUCCAGGUCAGGUUCUUGCUAAGGAGUUCCAAUGCGACGGAAACGAACGAUCUCUGUCGGACUGUCCUUCGGCGUCACAUGACAGCAAGGAGAUGAGAUGUGGCACGAACAGAGUUGCAGCAGUCUUGUGUAAACCUAWUGACUUGCCUUCAUUUUUUAUAAUGACCAUGGUUGGCGUUCUCGCCCUUACGUCAACCAUUAUUCUCACAGUCACGUGCAAAACCAUGCGCGUUCGGAAAAAGCGUUGCCCAACAACAGACAGCGAAAUAGUACUUUCAAAUAAGAACAUCGAGGGAGAUAUUGAAGCAGGUUCAACUACUGAGGUCGAAAGAGGAUCAAACGAGAUUGGAAAUGCAAUUUCAAAGAAUAGUUUUAGUGAUGUUGAAGAAAACGUACCUUGUCCGGUGGAAGUUGUUGAAAUCGAUGACGACAAAAAGGAGACAAAACUAUCUAUCAGUGACGCUGAAAUAAUUGAAUCUUUAAGUAGCACAGAGGUCCAUAAUCGUGACAACGGUGAAAAAGUUGCAAAGGGUAAAGAAAGUAGAAAGGGGGGAUAUAUGCCGUUAUUGAAAGGUUCCAAGGCCCUUUUUAAUUUUUAUGAAAAAUUAUUGAAGCGAAACAGAAACCGCCAGUCAGCAACAGAAGUAGAUUACGCACAAGAUUAUUAUUCAUGUGAUCAGUAUAGCAAAAAUUGGCAAGACGGAAACACUCACGAUAUCGUUCGUGACGUAGACAGCAGUUCAACUGGAGAAUACCCUGAGGCUUGGCCGGAGAAAGACCAAAAAAAAGUCGACAAAGAUGGUGAUGAGUACGUUCCGAUGCUUUCCUUGAGUGUGAUGCCCUCUCAGGAAAUGGCAGUUAAGGACGAAAUGCCACAAGAUGAGUAUUUAGAUAUCUUACCACCGAUGGAACUCCGUAAAGAUAAAAACUCCCCAGGUUCUAGUAAGCGGGAAUCUGAUUAUCUUGAAGCUGUUGAAAUAAAUUUACCAGCUUUUCCCGAAAAGUAUGAUGGUAUGGCUUCGUGCUCUUACGAUGAGGAACUGCCAAAUCCACCCAGGGAUUUGUUAACGCUUACGAAUAAUGAUCAAAGCGACAAAGGAAAUGGAAGCCGCUUUAACGCAUUGGGGUUAAGCAAUAAAGRAUGUAGAUGUGAAAAGGAUCUUAUGUGUAAGAAGUGCUUGGACACUCAUUCCAUUGAAAAACACAAAGAAUUCGACCAGGAUCCAAUGUCAAGGGUAAAUGUAAGUACCAGAAAAGAUGAUAGUGAUCAAGAUUUCCAGUAUGUGCCAAUGGAUCACUAUGGCAUUGAGAAAGAAGGCUCAGAGGUUGAAGAAAAAGUCAGAAGAAACAGCGCAAAUUAUGCAAUUCCUAUGAAAAAGCCCACAAAAGAUAAAAGAUAUCAGGGCAGUUUUCCAGUGGAACUCAAUCAGAAAAUUAUGGAUAAGACUUUGUCUCGACCUUCCGAUAAACGAUUAAUGCCAAAUAAAAAAGAUGUUUAUGAUGCUACAGUGAAAAGCGAAGGAAGAGAAGAAGCAAUGCAAGGAAAAGGCUAUAAAGGGUUAACAAACCCUAAAAAUGAACAAAAAUCCUUAGGAAACGAACAAAUGCCAAAGGAAAAAAGUGGCCAUCGUGAAAAAAGCAAACCUAACCUUAGUACAAUACCUUCCUUUUCGAAAUCUAAGAAUUACUUUGAAACUAARGAUGUAGGUCUACUACAGAAAACCAAAACUGAAGCGUUUUCCAAAAAAUUGUUUAAAUCUGAAGAAARUGAAUCAGCUGAGAGUCCAAAAAGUAAUGAUGUUGGAAAAGCGAGAUCUGAGAGCUGUCCUGUCGAGAGAACAAGUGUUAAAACAAGCACUUCUUUUCKCGAGGCUUUAGAAAAGGCUUUGAAAGCAAGCGGAUCAAAAGACGGUAGUGAAGAAAAUUCAAAGCAAAAACAAGAGGAUAUCAAAGAAAAUGAAUAUGAACUCGACUAUGAAAACAUACCGUCGCCAAGCGCCGAGUCUGAAUAUGAAAAUAACGACAUAUACUAUGAGUCAAGGCCUAGUUCAGAUGAGUAUGAUUAUGUCCACGAAAAGCAACGUAAGUCUUUGCAUUUUUAUGAAGCUGUUUUAAAACAYUUGGACGAAUUCGAAGAGGAUGAAUAUGAACGCAUUUGAAGGACUUGAUCUAAAUGAUAACAAUAAAAUUUUUUAAAUCGACAAAAAUGAGAAAAGAUUUAAAGAAGAGGAUCUUUAGGAGCAAGAGGGAACAUAAGGUUUAACUCAGUCGGCAAAGGUAGGAACGUGCUACUUCGGUAAAAAAUGAGAAAAGAUUUAAAGAAGAGGAUCUUUAGGAGCAAGAGGGAACAUAAGGUUUAACUCAGUCGGCAAAGGUAGGAACGUGCUACUUCGGUAAAAAAUGAGAAAAGAUUYAAAGAAGAGGAUCAAAGUUUAACUCAGUCACAAAGAUAGGAGCGAUAGCACGGUGCUACAUUAUGCACUGGCAACCCGUCUAGGAUGUACAGAAUAUGGGUGAUAUGUUCUUGCUUCGAUCGAGUGAAAAUUACGAGCUUUAAAGCAGAAUUUUGAACAUGCUGUAACUUUUGCAAGGAUGAUUUAAAACCAUAUAAUAAAGAAAGGCAAAAAUCAAGUGUAGAAAAAAUGAAAGCAUGAACAAGGGUUUCACAUGCACCACAACUCAGGUACRUCCAAAUUUCCCAUAGAUUAUAAAUAUGGAAGAAGCACUGAUUCACGCAAAGAAAGUAUGUGGUCUUCAAGCCACAGCUUCUCAUUGAAAACGACUCAAUGUUUCGAGUACUUGUUUUCCCCCUCGGCAUCCUAUGAUUCAAGAUGGCCGCCGUGUCAGUAAAAGGUCUGUUGUAAUGGUAUUGGACAUUUUAUUUGAUUGACUGUAGUUUUUGCCUGAUUUCGUCGUCGCGGCUGCUGUCUCGAUCAGGGCGUAGCCAUGAAAACAGAAGCAUGCGGCUUGCAUUAGACCAUUUGCAUUAUAGUACAAGGUCAGAAUGUCUAAAUGAGUAAAUUAGCACCAACUAUCUUAGUACUCUUUUAUUAGGAAAUAGGCCUUUGUUGUGCACAUUCAGACCAUGUGAUGCCACUCCUGGAACUUGAUUCUUUCAUGUGUAAAUAUUUUAACAUGUUCGUCAUAAAAGAAUAAUUCUUAAGGGAAUGUCAUGUGAUCUGAAAUGGGUAAUUUGCAUGCRAAGCUAAAAAGCUCCAUAAAAACUGAAUAGAGAAAAUUCGCGAAGCAUUCUGGUAGUAAAAUGACGUCAUCAUGCAAACAGUCUUUACAAGGUUGUUACGAACUUCAUCGCAAAAUGAUUCAUUGCCAAAAAUGUUAGAAACUGCUUUUAUUUCUCUCUUAAAUCGUAAAUAUUCAAACUUAUAGCGUUAAAUGAUAUGGUCUGUACAACUUUAUGUUUUAUUAUAUUUUAAAUAAAAUCUUUUAAUUCCUGGAAAAAGAAGGGUUGAUGUAUUAGCCAUCCCGAGGCUUAGGAAAAAACUGGCCGACAAAGUUUGCUUUGCCUUAGCUUCUUUUCAACCAUGGCACUCCUCUAUUGAGCACUUUGAAAAUACAAUGACAAACACUUUGAAAAUACAAUACAAAACACUACUUUAGUUUUGUUUAGGGUUUCCCCUGAUUUCGUGUAGAAUAUUAAUGCAUUCCACUGGAGAUCUGUGCACUGAAUUUUCAAAAKUGUUUGUAUUCUUGAAAUUGUACAUUCUGUACCUUAGAUGUUUGGGAAUAUUUUAACGCUGAAAAAUCGAGGCUAAAAAAUGCGUAAAUGAGUCUGUGUUUGAGGAGCAUAGCGGUAUAAAAAUACCCUUUGUCAUUUAUAUAUCCUUUCUUUAAAAAUUGUUUACAAAAUUCCACCUCGCUCCUCGUACUGCCGCACCAAAAUUAAUUAAUCCUUAAUUAAUCCUUAAUUAAUCCUUAAUUAAUCCUUAAUUAAUUCUUAAUUAAUUCUUAAUCAAUUCCUAAUUAAUUCUUUAUUAAUUCUUGAAAAAAAAAACACUAUUGUUAGGAACAUCAAUCAGUGAAGAAUGUCCAUGACCUUUUCUCACAUGAAGGCAGACAUGUUAGUUUCUGUAUAAGUAGAUUGGCAAUCAACCUUUUUAUUUCAAAAACGUUAGUAACCUGRAAGAUACGAAGCUGAGACCGGCAAGGAUUAUUGGUAAAUACAUUUUACWUGUUUAAACCGCUUGAYARCUAUGAUGGACUUGAGAUGUCUUACCAGUUACAGUUUCACCUGCUGUGAGCAUCCUCAAGCUACAGUUUGGUUGAAAAGUUUUACUGAUUUGAAAUGUGACACACAUUAUUGACUUUUUUUAGGCGCUGUGUUGUGACUUUCAUAUUGAGUUUAUUAUAGGAAGUCGUGUUGUUUAUUCUAUGAAUAGUAGUUGAUCAGUACCGAUGAAAAAUGGGAAGAACUAAGUCCUUGAAAUCUGAAAGGAAAUAAAAAUCUGUUAAUUAUUAA